GUCAAGAUGCGUGCCUCCUUCUUCCUUGCUGCAGCCUUGUCGGCUCUGACAGUCCAGGCCGAUGACAAAACCACCACGGUGGGAAUCUAUAGCCCGGACUGGGAUGUGAAAUACCAAAUGUACGGCGGAUGGACCAGCACCGGUGCCAGUGUGGCCGGCAUCAACGACGCGGCCACCACCUACAAGGUUGGCUGUAUCAAGGAUGCUCCCAAGACCGACUGCAACAUCGAGAACUCGUGGACCAUCAUCCAGGGUCCCUCGACCAUCAGUCUGACCGCCGAAUACAUUGCGUCAAUCUCGGACGAGAGCACGAGCUACGACCUCACAGUCACUCGCUCCUACGAGUGUUCCCUCAAGUCCUGGACUGAGGCGGCCAGCUGCAACAUGCUCGCGGCCAUGACAGGUAGUGUCGACGGCGGGUCAAUUUCCUCGUCCACCUCAACCCAUUCGUCAUACGGCCCGACUAAGACAUUCUAUAAGCUGGUGGUCACCGGCGGAGUCAAGUCGCUGACCGAACCCGCCGCCACCAAGACGGCCGGAGCUGCUGUUCGCAAUGGCGCCGUGGACGCGAUGAUUACCGCAGCCCCCAUGGUCGCCGCAGCGGCGGCGGCAGCCCUGUUGUAG